CACAGUUUGGCCACUUAUCUGGGACAAUUGAUCAUCCCGCUACUCUUCCGGUGUUGUUCUGGCCGAAAAGAUUCGCCUACAUUAUCGAAGGAGAACGUGUUCUACGCGCUGGACGUGUGCAUCGCUGCCGUAUUCGCUCCGCCUACGUCUGCACACCUUGCUGCUCAAACGACUGGAGCGGAAACAAUCAGCACACAUGCAGCACAUGCGGCGUCUGAUGAAGUAACAGAGCGCGGCAUUGAGAAGCUGAACAGAUAUGCCAGCGAACCCACUUCCCAAGGAGGACGGAAUCUGUCCAUUUCGGAUCUUGGCUUCACGCCAGAUGAAGCAAAAUCGAUCAGUACUCCUGGAUUAGAUCUUGAUGUUAGUGGCGAGUUAAGCUCUUGUCUUAGCCGAUUGCUCAGCCCAACGCUGACAUUCCUGUCGUCUAAGGAGCCGGUCGCAUCAGCCCAGGCAACACUUCAUCCGAAUUCAGUCCUCGUCAAACAUAGCACGCAACCAGAAGGUAAUAACAUGAAAGCUCGGCACUCUAUCUCAUCGGCCUCUACUCACAAGACACAGUCUCGUCAUACAGACUCUUCUGUGGCAAGAACUCCACAAAUUAAAUAUCAGGCAGAGAACUUUAAAACGGAAUUUACACAUCGACUCGGGUUUCUGGGACUGAAACUGAUUUUGGUCGGUUACAAUCGGCACGCCUCAGUUCGCCUCCGCGUCAUCAUCGGAACGCUGACCAAACUGGCUCUCAAUGGACAGAGUGGAAUACAACUGUGGAAGUUCUUCGACUUUCUCGUUACUCACAGGCCACCAGUUUUCAUUCACAUGUUACCGUUCAUUCGGUUUAAGAUGGCACACCUCAAAUGCGCCACUCCUGGUGAACAAGCAUAUCAACAGAUUGUGAGCCAGAAACUGAUUGGGCUGCACCACCCCGUCCCACAGACAACCUCUUCCGUGCUAAGGGAUCUUAUGCGGGAGCUCAGUGCAAUCCAGCAUGACGUUCAGCACUUCAGUCAAACACGAACAAAGAAAUCAGUGACAAACACUGAGACGAAAAGGCGACCUAACUCUGUCGACCGGCAAUAUUCCAUUAAGAAACAAACAUCCAGGCGCAACAAACUUACUCUGGAAGAAGUGCCCGAACAUGGUGUGGAAAGUGAAAGAGCAUUGAAAGAUAAGGAGCAAUUGGCGAAUGUCCAGCGAAUCGACGUGUUAGCCUCAGUCACCUCCGAAUCUACUUGUAGUGUAGACGCACUUGGUGAAAUCAGUAUUGGACUACCAAGUCUCAGCCAAUCCACCCGUGCAACUCGUGGCGUGUUGCAAAAUUUCAGACAAUCCAUUUUGGUGAGAGAUCCUCGAAAACGGAUUGCCGCCCAAGAAGGUAGCCGCAUGUUGCUACAAAGUCAGACCUUGAAACAGAGGGAUCCGAUAAUGACAGCCUCCACAGAAAGUGUUAAUCGGCCUAGUCGACCUAUGCGGAAAAGGAAGGACCGUGACAGGCCCCACAUAACAACAUCGGAUGAGGCCCACGUCACGAGAAUGUUAGAAGAAUCGUACUUUCCGGGUUUAUCUGACCGAUUUGAUGACUCUGGAAGCAGCGAUGAAACACAAAUGACAGUUGGACCAGCAGCGGCGGCCGCAAUUGCCACAUCGCUCUAUGGUUCGGAAGCCCCAUAUUUACACGCUCGCGAGAGGGCACGGCAAGAGCUGAAGGCUUUAGUCGGAAUCCCCAUGCCUCAGGUGGACAUGAGCACAGAAUCGCUCGACUCACAUUCACUAGACAAGUCAUCCACGUGUGAGUGUCUGACAGCAAUAGAUUCGACGGAUCCAACGCAUCUAAGCGCGUUCACGCCAUGGGACAACACAUCCGGUGUACAGCAACCGGAACUCACGCACACUGAGACGGAAAACGAUGCUUCCAAUCGCCAAUCAUUGCAAUCAAGAAUUAACUAUGUUUGACUUCGGUUAUCACUUCUC